AUGGCAGACACUAUUCAGAGUGCCCUUGCGGCGCUGUCUGCUCGAGAUUGGGCUGUAGUUGCCGUCCUUUCUUGGCUUGCAUUCAAGGUUCUGCAGGCCCUGUAUAACAUUUCCCCUCUGCACCCUUUGAGCGGGGUGCCGGGUCCUAAACUCGCUGGAGCGACGUAUCUGCCCGAGUUCUACCACGAUGUGAUUCUGGUUGGACGGUAUACUCAUGCUAUCAAGAAGAUGCAUGAGAAAUACGGCCCUAUUGUCCGAAUUAACCCCAAUGAGACUCACUGUGCCGAUAUGGCAUUCUCGGAUGAGAUCUAUGCUGUCGGUGGACGUAAGCGCGAUAAGCCCUUCCAUCAAGUCAAUGGUUCAGCGGCUGGAACCGGAAACGCAUUCGGUACACCUGACCACGAUAUGCACCGCCUCAGACGCGCACCUGUAGCCAAAUUCUUCUCCAGAGCCAUGAUCGCCAGAUUGGAACAAGAGGUUCACGAACUGGCGCAGACACUCUGCAACAAACUCCUAGCUGAAGCCAGCGGAAAGAAGAGCCAACCUAUCGAUGUUGCCCAUGCUUACAGUUGCUUCACUUCCGAUGCUAUCUCCGGCUACUGCUUCGGCGAACCCUUUGGACUUUUGUCGCGCGAUACUUGGAGACCUACCUUCCGUGAAGCUACUCUUGCGGUUCUCAAGCCUGUCUUCAUUUUCCGAUUCUUCCCUUUUUUGGUUGGAACUGUAAAGUUUGGCAAGUAUUUUGUUGAUUACUUGCCCGCCGAUGCUGCGAUGCUUGUCCGAACUCUGCAAAUCGACAUCCCUGCGCGAGUUACAAAAACCAAAACCGACCUCAACUCUGGUAUCGUCUAUGAUAGACCCACUAUCUUUGCUGACCUCCUGAACUCCGAGCUUGACGAGAGUGAGAAGGGAACUGACCGUCUUGUCGAAGAGGCCGUCACCAUUGUCAACGCUGGAACAGAGACUACGAGUUGGGCUUUGGCUGUGAUUACCUACUUCCUCCUUUCUCAACCUGAGACUAUGAGCAAGUUGCAGGCCGAGUUGGCAACUGUCGUUGACGAUCCUCGCCACCUUCCUUCUUGGACUACUCUGGAACAACUCCCCUACCUCGGAGCAGUCAUCAAUGAGGGUCUCCGUCUUUCAUACGGUGUUUCCAGUCGCUCAGCUCGUGUUCCCACCACAGAAGAUCUUGUGUACCGCGGAGAGUUUAACAAGAAGCCUGCCACUGUCGUUCUUCCCCGAGGCUAUGCGGUUGGCAUGUCAGCAGCCAUCUCUCAUCACGAUGAGUCUGUUUUCCCUGACUCGUACGGGUUCAUUCCUGAGCGAUGGAUCGGCGACGAUGGAGCCAUCAAGAAGAAUUUGGAACGAUCUAUGCUUGCUUUCUCCAAAGGUAGCCGUGGGUGUCUGGGCAAAAACCUUGCCCUCUGCGAACUGUACCUUUCUCUUACAGCUCUAGUUAUGAGGGUCAUGCCCCAUAUGCGUCUUUACGAGACUACUGAGCGCGACGUGCGCUACGAUCACGACAUGUUUAUUCCAGUAACGGUAGACGACAGCUGGGGAGUGAGGGUAACAAUCGAGUCAUAA